AUGCCAAAGUGUUUCGUGAUUUACUACAGCUUGUAUGGGCACGUGGCAACGUUAUCUAAGCAUAUUCAAAAAGGAUUGGAAUCCAAAGGCAUUGAUGUCGAGGUCUAUCAGGUGCCAGAAACAUUAUCGGAUUCGAUUCUCGAGAAAAUGCAUGCUCCCGCCAAAACAGAUGAUCCCAUCAUUACCGUCGAUAAGCUAACGGAAGCAGAUGGCUUCAUGUUCGGUAUCCCAACUCGUUUUGGAACGAUGCCAGCACAAUGGAGAUCUUUCUUGGAUGCCACGGGUCGACUAUGGGCAUCCGGUGCCUUGGCUGGCAAAUUUUGUGGCACCUUUUUCUCAUCCGCUUCUCAACAUGGUGGGCAAGAAACCACUGCAUACAUGACAAUUCCAUAUCUUGCACAUCAUGGAAUCAAUUAUGUUUCUUUUGGAUUUGCAAAUGCAUCAUUGUUUAACAAUGACGAAGUUAUUGGUGGUUCAGCUUAUGGUGCUGGCACUGUUACUAAUGGUGAUGGAUCGCGUCAACCAAGUGAAACUGAACUUGCUAUUGCUCGUAAUCAAGCCGAGAACUUUGCCGACAUCCUUAACCAGUAUCAACGAGGCAAAGAGCUUAGCAGCAGUACUUCAGGUGAUGCUACGACAAAAGCAGCCGCCGAUAAUAAGCAACAAGUUGCAACAACAGAUAAAGCUGAUGAAAGUGGUGGUGGUGGUGCCGCUGCUGCCACUGGUGCCGCCGCUGGUGCAGCCGCUGGUGCUGGUGUUGGAGCUGGAGCUGCUGGUGUUGCUGCUGCCAAUAAUACUACAGCAGGUGCAGACUCUGAUGCAUCCAUUCGAUCCAUCAAAGCAGCGUCAACACAAAAGAACGCUAAUGGAAAUGAUAAAGAGACACCUGUGAUCACCACAACCAACCCUGAAGGCCAUACUGAAAGACCAGCUGAAACAACAGCAAAGACCGAAGAUGCUGGUGUGGCUCAAAGUGCUGCAGCUGCUGGUACUGCUGGAGCCGCUGGAGGUGCUGCAACUGCACCAGCUGCUGAAGGUCCAAAGGAAACAGCAGCAGCAACUACAGGUGGUCCUCAAGAUACUUCAGCUCAACCUCCUACAACAGAGCAACAACCUACAUCCACACAACCACCUCAACAGCCAAAGAAGAAAAAGAGCAAGCUUUGGAGGCUUUGUUGUGGUGCAGAAGGUCUUGAUUAA